CGGAAGCCGUUGGCGGGCGUGCCUCUCGGCGGAAGAGACGGCAGCGGCGGAAACGCGCCGCGUGCACAGGCGCAGCUGCGUCCUCUGGCUCCGGGUCCGGCCAGCUUCACUCCAGAGAUUGCGCGAGCCCAGGGACUAGGCCCGUGGCCACACCCCCUUGCGACAAAGACCAAUGGAAGCGUGCGUUGCUGGUCGUUAAGGAAACCCCCGGCAGCAAGAUGGCGGCGGCCGGCGAGGGCACCCGGAGCUCCCGCAGGCCGCGCCAGGACCCGCCGAGGCGGCCGCCCCGGGACGGUUAUGGUGUCUACGUAUACCCAAAUUCCUUCUUUCGAUAUGAAGGAGAAUGGAAAGGAGGGAAGAAACACGGCCACGGGAAGUUGUUAUUUAAAGAUGGCAGUUAUUACGAAGGGGCGUUUGUGGACGGAGAGAUCAUGGGCGAAGGCCGCCGGCACUGGGCCUGGUCAGGGGACACCUUCUCUGGACAGUUUGUCCUGGGAGAGCCUCAAGGACGUGGCGUCAUGGAGUACAAAGCCGGCGGGUGUUACGAAGGGGAGGUCUCCCACGGCGCGCGGGAAGGACAUGGGUUUCUGGUGGAUCAGGAUGGACAGGUGUACCAGGGCUCCUUCCAUGGCAACAAGAGGCACGGGCCGGGGCAGAUGCUCUUUAAGAACGGUGACAAGUAUGACGGCGACUGGGUCCGGGACCAGCGUCAGGGACAUGGGGUGCUGCGCUGCGCCGACAGCUCCACCUAUGAGCUUCUUCUGACGGAAAACAAGAACAGCGGAUCCCAAAGCAGAGAAGGCUCCUCUUCCACAGCGAUGGGAGCCACGCGGCUCAGCCCAGUCCCGGGAGCCACAGACGUCCUGGGCUGCAAGCACCCCCGCCAGCCUGCGACGCCUUGGCCAUCUCCGUCCCCGGCACCCCUGCUUUAUGGCUUGCUGCCUCGACCUCCCAGGACCCGAGGGCUUGGGCAGGCCCCACACGUCCUCCAAAACAUCCUCUCUGGGAGCCGGACCGGAAUUCGGAGCAGACGGAGUGGACCGCGCAUGUUGGAGCGUCUCCCGCCCGUGUUGGCGGUGCGCCCCUCUGGGCGUCCCUGGCCGCGUCAGCUGCGCCGCGGGUGUUGGCUGUCUCACACGCCAGCUUUCCCAGAGGCGCCACUGGGCGCCGAGCACCUGCUCACCGCACAGAGCAGGUGGCUCCUUCUGGGCAGCUUUGCCCGCUGCAGUCCCCUAGCCUCCUCUUCUCAGCUGGGCGUGUGUGGGAAUGCCCACCCAGGGUCUCCAAACUGCUACCCUCGGACCCAGGGGUCACAGUCCAGGGAGCCAGGACCAGUGGGGGACCCCAGGGGUGCACGUAACACUGAGAACCAUGUAAAUAACUUGGGGUAUUUGAGCAUGGCCUUUGGGGAAUCUGGCCGGCUUGCCUCCAUGGACCCCUCGCCAACCUGGGGCAGUGGAGGGAGCUGAUUGUCACGCCGUCGUGGGACCAGUAGAGCCACUAGGGCAGGCCCCAUGUCCCCUCUGGAACUCCUCACAGUUCACACCUUAAAGCCUGCGCACUCGAGAUGGGACCAGUGAGGUCCAACGCAGGACCCCUGGUCCUCGCUGUCCCUAGGAGGCGAUGUGAAGGGCCGGGCCUCAGAAACUGGAGGCAGCAGUGCCCCUCCCACCAAGGCACGCCCAGCCCCUGGGCAGUCGAAGGGCCCAGCCAGGAGGGUUCCUCCCUCGUGACAUGGCCUGAGGGGGCUGAGCAGCUGGUCCUGGGAGCCCUUACCUGGUGCACUGGGCCGUGAACCUCAGCAAGGCCCCGCCUGCUUCAGGCCUCAGGUUUGGCAAUGGUUGGGGUUACUUUCUGCAGACCACAAACCCUCGAGGCUGACACUAGGGAAAGCUGGACCCCUGCUCUUCACCCCCACAUCUAGGGGGUGUUGAACCCCGAGGAGCACCAUACCCAGGACUCCCUAGGAGGGCCGGAGGCAGGAAGUGCCUGAUGGUGCCCGGGGAGGGUGGACGCCUGACCAGGGCCUGAAAACAGAGAGAGUCGCUUCCAAUAAAAGCACAGAAAGAAAACAGCA